AUGACAAAAGACCUUGAUAUUGUUGUAUUUGGUGCAUCAGGUUUCACCGGCAAGUUCGUUGUUGAAGAAAUAUGUCGUACAGCACAAGCAAUUCACAAAUUCAAGUGGGCAAUAUCUGGUCGUUCUGAACAACGACUUCUCGAGUUGGCAAACAUCAUAAGCAUAUCUAAUAAUAAUAAUGUACGCCAACCAGAAAUUAUUGUUGCUGACGUUUUCAAUCCAGAAUCAUUACAAAUUUUAACCAAAAGAGCUAAACUUAUAAUUGACUGUGUUGGACCGUUUCGCUUAUAUGGCGAACCUGUUGUAAUAGCAUGCAUUGAGAAUAAUGCUGAUUAUAUUGAUAUUUCAGGUGAAGUUGAAUAUAUUGAACAAAUUCGGUUAAAUUAUCAUGAUCCUGCAAAGUCAAGGAAUGUCACAAUCGUUCCUGCUUGUGGUUAUGACAGCGUUCCUGCGGAUAUGGGUCUAUUAUUCACCAAACAGCAGUUGGAAGCCAGGAAUGCAAUUCCUUCUCAAAUCGAAAUUUUUUCCGGAUUACGUUCUGGCAGUGCUGGUAUCAGAGGAAAUUAUGGAACUUAUGCAUCAAUUGUUUAUGGUGUUUCUAGUGUUCAUAAUCUUCGUGAGCUAAGAAAACGGGUUAACCUUCCAAUUGUGCCUAGAAUUGGAACUAACCUUAAAAUUUUACCUUCUGGAAAAUUUGAUAAACGAAUUAAUGGAUAUAUUAUUCCUUCUUUCACCACUGAUCCUUCUAUUUUGAGAUUAGGACAACAGUUAGAUAUAGUUUUUAAUACUGGUAUUCCACCUGCUCAAAUUUCUUCAUACCUCGUCUUUAGCAAGUUCAAAUAUAUAGCCAUGAUGAUACUUGGCGGUUCUAUAAUUAAAUUUUUAGCAAGUUAUGAAUGGGGAAAAAAUUUACUUCUUAAAUAUCCAAGAUAUUUCAUUUUAAUUGUAGGAUUGUUUUCAAAAGAUGGACCUACACUUGAACAAAUUCAACAAUGUGGUUUUUAUCAUCGUUUUUAUGCUAAAGGGAUUUCAACAAAACGAUUAAAUACUGAGGAAAUGGAUUUAAUUAGUUCACCCGGGCAAAGUAAACCUUCCUCUUUAUUACAUAAUUUACAACCGGAUGUGGAAAUUGUUACUGAAAUUAAAGGGCCCGAAGCUGGUUAUGUUACUACUCCAAUUACGGUUGUUCAAUGUGCUUAUACUUUAUUAACAGAAAAGGAAAAGAUUCCUAAAGGUGUCUGCACUCCAAGCAUUGCAUUUGGUAAAACUUCCUUAUUGCAAAGAUUGAAUGAAAAUGGAAUUGAAUUCAAUGUUCUUGAAGGUCAUUUUGAUAUUUAA